GCUUUAUGAUCUUCAUACUACCGUAGUAUUUAGCUUAUUCUCGCAUUUCAGAAAUGAAAAAAAUAAUCUCAGUUUUAAAAGAAUCUCCUUGCGCACAAGACGUUCUCCGCCCGAGUUUUAUUUAUUGCAACCUAUAAAUAUAAGAAAGGAAUAGUUAACAAAGUAAACAACUAGACACGUUCUGUAAUGGUUACCAUUCGAACGCGUUCUGUAACAAGCCUCAAAAUUCACAUAGCAAACCUCAAUUAUAGUUGAACUAUUGAAAAGUAACCAAAUUCAAGAAAGUAAAACAAAAGUGGGAGAAAUUUUCAAAAGAAACUUAUUGCGAUCUUUGGCAUUGAUAAAAUGUAAAGAAAAUUCCACCCCCGCUUCUUUUCUUCGAACAAAAAGACGGGAUACACAAUCUUCUUUCGCUCACUUUGACCGAAUGAUUAAAAAUAGUAAAACAAAAGUUCUUUCCGCGUAUCUUCAGAAAAGUUUGAUAUUUCGCAUCGAGCUCUUGUCAAUAAAUAUCGUAAACGCGUGUCUUGUUCGUAAAAAUAGUCUGAAAUUUAAAUGCUUUAAAUAUAAUUGUUGAAAAUGAUUGGAAACAACAGUCAAAUAUUUAUCUUGAGUGGAAAUACAAGUAUACAUUCACAAGUAAAUGGUUGUACCUUACCAGGGUCAUCUGAAGCAAUUCGAAGGAGAACAAAGAAGAACAGAAAACAACCUGUGAUCGAUGUCAUUGUUGUUCUUGUGGCUUUACCUUCUUUGAUGAUUCUUGCUUUAUUUUUGGAGGCAAGCACUCGGGGCAAUUGGCUCGAAACGUCUCAUUCAAGAUUCAUUGUUCUUGGAUUAGGUUUUGCGCUAGCUGCAGUUUGUUUAGCGAUCUGUAUGUAUGUCACAUCCAGACUCGGAGGUAAAUUGUGGACUGGGGCAAUUCCAUCCGACAAUUUAAAUCCCCAAUUUUCAUACUAUAAUCCACGCUUAAACAUUAAUGAAAUAAACGAUCACCCUCCGAGUUAUGAUCUUUGCAUGGGCUAUGACAUUCCACCACCACCAUAUCAUGCAGUUGUCAUUGAUCCAAUUAUGGGAGACGCCAAUAAAUUUUCUGAAAGCUGUUCGAAAUAUGUUGCCAUUCAACACAUUUAAAAGUAAGAAGAAAUUAAGAAAAUAUUUGAAUUAAUUCAAAAAUAUUGAAUAAGAGGGUCCGAGUUAAUAUUGUUUAGAAGUUAAGAUUAGAAUAAUGUUAGGAAACUUAUUAAUUGUUAACUUACAUUGAAUUGGACAUAAAAAGAAAGAAAUGAAAAAAAUUAGCCAAAAAC